AUGUCGCCCACACCUUACACCUUUACGCGCCUCGUCUCGCUGCUGCUGCUCGGCCUCGCACUCACGACCGCUGCCGGUGCCGUCGCUUCCGAUCACGCCGACCCUGGCGCUGCACCCGCCCAGCUCCGCAGACAUGCUGCUGGCAAGUCGCGCCGCCACGCCGCCGCCGACGACGACGGCAGCAGCAGCCUCGCCCUCGCCAAGCGCGGACAGACCUUCCACGGCCAGGCCACCUUCUACGACGCCGGCCUCGGUGCCUGCGGCGGCUACAACUCCGGCAGCGACUUUAUCGUCGCCCUCAACGCCGCCCAGUACGGCGACAUGGGCCAGCGCUCGUCGUGGUGCGGCAAGCAGAUCACCAUCACCUACCCCGUCCUCGGAAUCACGCAGCACGCCACCGUCGUCGACGUCUGCCCCGGCUGCGCCUACGGCAGCCUCGACAUGAGCCGCGGCCUCUUUGGCGCCCUCUCCAACCAGAACUUUGACCUCGGCGUCUUCCAGAUGAGCUGGACCGCCGACGACGGCUCAGGCGGCGAACAAAAGCCCAAGCCCAAGCCCACGCCCACGUCGACCUCGACGACGCCAAAGUGGACGCCGCCCGCCACGACCAAGAAGGCGCCCCGCACCAGCUCGACGCCCAGCUCGACGCCCGAGCCCACCACGUCGUCGCACACGCCCGUCCAGCACACGCCGAGCCCCACGCUGUCUUCGUCGUUGUCUUCGUCGACCUCGUCGAGCCAGCAGCCCGCACCGACGCCCAAGACCGACGACGAGGAGCCGCCGCUGCAGAAUCUCGCCAACCUCGAGGCCCUCUUUGACGGCCUCUCGGGCAUGGCCGUCGCAGCGGCCAGCUGA